GUGAAGAAAGUAGGAGUUUGCUAAGAGCCAGGUCAGCAGACGCCGCAAAAAACCCAACAAAAACCUUUCUUCUUCACUUGUGUUGGAUUUCAGUUUCAGUUUAAAGCCAAAAAAAACAACAUCAAAUUAUUUCAUCAGAAAUUCAGAAACAAUAAAGAAGAAAAUGUCAAAUCUGUCGAAAGUAAAGCUGCAAGAAGAACAACUCCGGCGCAAAAAAUUGGAGGAAGCCCUCGAAGUCAAAUCCCUUCGACGAAUUAUUAGCGCUUAUCUUAACUAUCCAGAUGCAGCUGAAGAUGAUGUCAGACGUUAUGAGAGUUCUUUUAGAAAGCUUCCACCAGCACACAAGUCUCUUCUUUCCCACUUGCCAUCAAAAUACCACAGUUUGAGAAGGUGUAUAUCAGUGAAUACAUUUUUUAUCUUAAACAUGCUUCAGGCCUUUGAGCCCCCACUUGAUAUGAGCAUAGAUGCAGAUCUAUGUGAAGAUCAGCAUCUAGAAUGUUGCCCAGAUGAGCACCAUUCCUGUCAACAUGGAGGUUUCUUGGACAGCCAUCACAGAGCAACAGGGGAGACUAUGGUGAGAUCAACAAGUGACCCGGUAGUUUGUAAUACAGAAGAUGAUGACAUAUCUAGAUCAGCCAGAGGAACCACAACUACUGAGGAUGAGCAAAUACCAGCCCUUAGCUGUAAACUAGAGUGCGGGGAAGCAGGUUGCUGUGAAACCGAACCCAUUAAUGGUCAGAAAAGCGAAAGACAACUUCAACCAGUUGAUUCAAAUGGGCAUGCAUCGUCAUCUUCUUGUGAUUGGUUGGAUCCAUCGUUGCAAUUAAAUGUACCACUAGUUGAUGUCGACAAGGUUCGCUGCAUAAUAAGGAAUAUAGUUAGAGAUUGGGCAUCUGAGGGGCAAGUGGAGCGCGAUCAAUGCUAUCUGCCCAUUCUUGAGGAGCUUGAGAGAUGCUUUCCCAAACGGAGUACUGAGAGUCCUCCUUGCUGCUUGGUUCCUGGUGCUGGGCUUGGGAGGUUGGCUUUGGAGAUUUCACGUCUUGGUUUCGUGUGCCAGGGUAAUGAAUUUUCAUACUACAUGAUGAUAUGCUCCAGCUUUAUCCUCAACAACACUCAAUCUGUUGGUGAAUGGACUAUACACCCUUGGAUUCACAGCAAUUGCAAUUCUCUUUCAGAUAAGGACCAACUUCGUCCUGUUCCUAUUCCAGACAUUCUUCCUGCUAGCUCAGGAAUAACUGAAGGUUUUUCCAUGUGUGGCGGGGAUUUUGUGGAAGUGUAUAAUGAUCCAGAGCAAGAAGGAAUUUGGGAUGCCGUAGUUACAUGCUUCUUUAUUGAUACAGCUCAUAACAUUGUAGAGUACAUCGAAAUUAUAUGGAAAAUCCUCAAAGAUGGAGGAGUAUGGAUAAAUCUUGGACCACUGCUUUAUCACUUUGCGGAUACAUAUGGGAAUAAUGAGAUGUCUGUAGAAUUGAGUUUAGAAGAUGUGAAGAAAGUGGCUUCACAUUACGGAUUUACGUUAGAGAGAGAAAGUACCAUCGCAACAACAUAUACUACAAACUCUCAGUCUAUGAUGCAGAACCGAUAUUAUGCAGCAUUCUGGACCAUGACAAAGAAAUCUGGAACCAAGUCGACAGAAGAACAUGACUCAGUCUAACGCGAAUGGUUAGAAAUAUCUGCACGUAGUCCCUCCGCAAGCAGGUCAUUUUUUCCCUCAUGGCAGAAGAACUUUUGCUGAAUAUUUUCUGCUACUUUUUACUAGUGAGAAAUGCUUGUCUCAAUCGUCUGUGCAUCGAGGGAUCCACAUUGUUGAGCUCUAUGGCCCAGAGUUUUAAAUCUUAUGGGCCCUUCUUUUUUUUAUAGGGGAGUCUAAUUAUUUUGGAUAGAGAGUGUAUUCUCUUGCAACUUGCUGAAUCAAAAUGAAUUAUAGUGUGUGCUAAAGUGUACUAGUUUCUUAUUGCAACUUAUGUUACCUGCCUA